AUGGAUAUGCACCAGAAAGAACAGCUUUAUGACAACGCUGCUCCAAUGAUGCAAUCUCAAUAUUUCUCGAUGGGGAGGUCUGCUGGUUUUAGCUUGAGGGGAAUAUAUUCAUCACAUCGUACACAACAGCCACAACAACAUGCUCCUUCAGUGAGUAGUGAUGGUGUCUCAUUUUCAUCCAUAAACAACCAGGAUCUUUUCCAUCUACAUGGAUCAGAUAUUUUUCCAUCUACGCAUUCAACUUAUCAUUCGCAGGCAAGUGGACCUCCUGGGAUUGGAUUAAGGCCAUUAAAUUCUUCAAAUACAGUCUCUAGUAUGGGUCAGUAUGACCAGAUCCUCCAGCAGUAUCAACAGCACCAGAAGGAGUCGCAGUUCCGCCUUCAAAUGUCAGCCGUAAAUCAGUUGUUUCAGGAUCAGGGCAUGAAAGCUAUGCAAACUGCACAAUCCACACCAUAUCCAUUUGGUUUGCUUGGCUUGUUAAGUGUGAUAAGGAUGAGUGAUCCAGACUUGACAUCUCUUGCACUUGGAAUUGAUCUUACUACACUUGGAUUAAAUUUGAAUUCAUCUGAAAAUCUACACAAGACGUUUGGGUCUCCAUGGUGA